CAUGAAAUGUCGAAAAGCCUACCAUUUAUAGUCAACACAUUCGAAAAUUAUACAUCUAUACGUACCAACAAAAUUUGUUUGGCAGUGUAAAUUCUCCACCCAGCCCACCUUUUGUAAUUUCCGUCAAACCGCUAAUAUUUCCACCACAUAGAGAAGCGAAAAGUUCACAACCUAAAAACCCGUAGGCCACCACCUCCUCCGCCAGCUCGCCACCCCUGAGCUAACUGCUCCUUACACCCACCUUACCUUAAAGGACUGUUAAUUUCUCGUCUCAAUGAGUUGGUCAACGCUCCUUUCUCUGAGCAAUCCACUGACGCCGGCCCUCAGUCGCUCCCUAACCUCCAAACGCUCCAAUUGCUCCGUCACGCCCCUAGCGUGCCUCAACGUGGAUGUGCGCGCACCAGAUUCAUCCCAGAAUCCGUCAAUUCUUGACAAGAGAAGCUUGGAAAUAAUUGCGGACGAGAAAAAAUUUAUAGUGGGGACCUACUCCAGGGUGCCGCUGGUUCUUUCGAGUGGCAAAGGCUGUAAAUUAUACGAUGUUGAAGGGCGAGAGUAUCUGGACCUGUCGUCCGGCAUUGCCGUCAAUGCUCUGGGCCAUGGGGACCCUGAUUGGCUGCAGGCCGUCACACAGCAAGCUGAUGUGCUAACGCAUGUCAGCAACGUUUAUUACUCUGUUCCACAGGUGGAGCUUGCAAAACGUCUAGUCGCAGGCUCAUUUGCUGACCGGGUCUUCUUCUGCAAUUCUGGAACCGAAGCCAAUGAAGCUGCUAUCAAGUUCUCCAGAAAGUUCCAAAGGUUUACACGCUCGGACGAGAACGACCCUCCAGUGAAUUUCAUUGCCUUCACAAACUCCUUUCAUGGCCGGACAAUUGGUGCUCUAGCGCUGACAAGCAAAGAGCAUUACAGGAAGCCUUUCGAGCCCAUAAUGCCUGGAGUCACUUUCUUGGACUAUGGAGACACUAAGGCGACAGUAGAGCUUAUUCAGAGUGGGAAGAUUGCAGCUGUGUUUGUGGAGCCAAUUCAAGGGGAAGGCGGCAUUUACAGUGCAACCAAGGAAUUCUUGGAGUCCGUGCGUGCUGCGUGUGACGAUGCUGGGUGUCUUCUCGUAUUUGAUGAGGUACAAUGCGGGCUUGGCCGAACAGGCUACCUUUGGGCCCACGAAGCCUUCCAUGUGUACCCUGACAUGAUGACUCUAGCUAAGCCCUUAGCCGGAGGCCUCCCAAUUGGGGCCGUAUUAGUGACCGAAAAAGUGGCCUCGGCCAUCAGUUUCGGGGACCACGGCAGCACUUUUGCCGGCAACCCUCUCGUUUGCACUGCUGGAAUUUCCGUUCUCGACAAAAUCUCGAGCCCGAGCUUUUUAUCCGACGUGGCGGAAAAAGGACGCUAUUUUAAAGAUUUAUUGGUGAAGAAAAUCGGAAAAAGCCCCCGUGUUGUGGAAAUACGAGGCUUCGGGCUGAUUAUCGGGAUAGAGCUCGAUGUAGCUGCUUCGCCAUUGGUCGAUGCCUGCCGGGAGUCGGGGCUUCUCGUGUUGACUGCCGGCAAAGGGAAUGUUGUUCGGAUUUUGCCCCCAUUGGUUAUCACUAGAGAGGAAUUGGAAGAGGCAGCUGAGAUAUUGGUCAGUUGUUUUCCUGCUCUUGAGGUUCACAGCAAGAACUAGGUUGUGGCUUCUUUGGAUUUUUGGGUUUUAUGUUUCUGUUGUAGCGUUUCGUUUUCUUUUGGUGGGAGUUAUUUGGUAUUAUGCUUUUGUUUAGGUUGUGUAUUGUGGGUUUCGAGCUCAAUGUUGCAUGUUUCUGGAGUAUUAUGUGUUUUGUUUUGGGUAUACGUGGAUUAACUGGAGUUUGUGUUUGUUGAUUGUUGUGAGCUGCUUUUAUUUGGGAUAAAUAUAAUUGCGUGACAUGGAAAUACUGCCCGUUAUUCCUACAAGAAUGCCAAGGAGCCAACAGUUGGCUCCGUUAUGGAGCUAACAUCCAAUGGGAUAGCUCCAUGUAGGGCUGUUCCACAUUAAACCACGUGGGACAGCCCCACAUGGAACUAUAUUAUUGGAUGUUGGCUCCAUA